UGUUAUUUUAAAAUUUAGAUUAAUUUACGAAAACGCCCCUUUGUUUUUCGCCGAUAAAAGGAUGGAAUAGACUGUUCUUCUCCGGCAAACAACCAUCUGAACAGUAAGCCACACCUCCAUAAAAAUGGAAGAAGACAGAUUAAGCUCACUUCCAGACUCUCUUCUAGUCGAAAUUCUCUCUCUCCUCCCUCUCAAUAGCGCCGCCGCUACCUCCGCCUUGUCCCGCCGUUGGAUCCCCCUUUGGACCCAACUUCCCCUUCUAAAAAUCAACUCCGACAUCCCCAUUUUUAACCUUGACACCGAUAGCUGCAAAGAAAGAUUCCAUGAAUCUAUCACCACCUUCAAUCACAUCCUCCAGCAGAUGACUUCCCCCAAUAUCCAUACAUUCGAUCUUCAUUUCAAUUACCCUAAUUUGGAUGUUGAACAAUUCAAUGUUUGCUCGGCGUCUCUGAUUUCAUGGAUCCCUUUGUUUUGCGCCCGAAAUCCAGCGAUUUUGAAGGUAAGCUUCGUAAUUUCUCAAAAUGGGGAAUUCAUUACUCUGCCAACUUGUAUUUUCGAAACCAAUUCAAUCGUCAACCUCGACUUGUGUGGGUUUUUCUACUGCAACUUGCCUGAAUCUGGUAUUGUAACUCUUCCUAAUUUGAGAAAACUUAGUCUGUAUGGCGUUGAUUUCGACCCUAAAGUAUUGAGAACAUUGUUUAAUUCUUGCCCAUUACUGGAGACUUUGUUCUUGAGAUUAAAUUUGGUGGAGGAUCAACUUAUUGAUAUUUUAGCUCCAAAUCUGAAAUCAUUGACAAUUUGGAUGAUGGGAUCGUCGUACCGGAGCAAAAUUGUGAUUGAUGCACCCUUAUUGGAAGUGAUUGUGAUGCUAGAUUGUGUUGCAUUGUAUAGUUUUGUCAAGAUACCAUGUAACUUGCAGAAGGCAACGAUUCAAUUUUAUGAACCUGAGAAAGUAGGUGUUCAUCUUACCAACAUACCGGAUCUUCUUCAAGGGGUUUCAAAAGCUAGGUUCAUUACAUUUGGGACUAAUCUUGCUAUAUUCAAUGGCUUUAAUCCAAAUUAUGCCCAUAUCUGGUCACUAUUUAGUAAUCUGACCCAUCUUAAAUUGGUUUUAAAUAAGGAAUAUGGGAAUUGGGGUGCCACUCUUCCUCCAUGUUUGUUAACUAAGCUCAAGAGUAUAGAGCUAUCAACAAUGAAUGGGGAUGAAGAUGAUGAGGAAUCAGUUAAAUUUAUUCUUGCUAAUGCUAAUGUUUUGGACAAGCUUCACAUUACUUCAUUUGCUAACACUCGCAGACAUGGGAGAAGUGUAUUAUGGAAGGAAUAUAAGUUUUGUGGUAAUUUGUUCUUAUUUCCAAGGAUAUCUUUAACUUGCAAGAUUGAGUUUGAUGGUGUUUAUGUCCGUGCAUCAAGUUAUGGGCCUCAAAAUGAAUCAGGAUGUUCUGAGAUUGACUGGUCGAGAUCCCGAACGUGGCCUGCUCUAAAUGAGGACGAUGAGGACGACAAUGAAUCCGAUGAAUAGACUAUCAUGGUAAUUUCUUGGUUAUAGCAAGAACAUUCAAUACCUUUUUAUGUAUGCAUUUUUUGCCUUGUGCUUUGAAUUUCAAUAUGGUUAUUGAAUAUUAGCUAAUGUUGUUGCUUUGCAAUAAAUUUGAAUUACCUGAUUCA